GCUGAAAUUGAGGAGAGAACCACCACGAACCCCGACAAUUGAUGUCGCGGUCAUCACAAUCUGCGCAUACAGGUCCUCCGCAGUCAGCACGCAUUCGCAUUGCAAACGAAACUGCUACACCAGACAGAGAAGGACCAGUCCCUUCUUCCCUAUCUUUACUAACUGCACGCCGUCCGUCAUGGGCUCCUCCGCUGUAUGAACAUACUCAAGAAAUUUCAGCUGGACUUGGUUCAUAUCGUGAUGUACCAUUAUUCGGAAUGACACAGAACGCGCAUCCAUCUUCUUCUCCCGAAGAUGGUGGCAACUUUCGCAGAAGUCUCCAGAUAGACAUGAAGGAACUUGUCGGGGAUGCAGUCGGAAAUAUGAGUAUCAGCCCUACGAGUAGAGACAUUGUCCUUGCAGCUCGCCGAGGUCUGUUUAUCAUUGAUCUCGAAGCGCCUCUCGAGGUCCCGCGUUUCCUUCCUCAAGGCGGAACAUGGGAUGUUGCGGACGUGCAAUGGAACCCCCACCGCGCUCGCGCCGAGUACAUUGUAUCUACCUCAUCCGAGAAACUCCUUAUAUGGAACCUUAUGUUGGUUGGAAAGACGUCUAUUGAACACAUACUUCACUCUCAUUACCGUGCCAUCACCGACAUCAACUGGCAUACUUCGGAACCCGACACUGUAGCUAGUGUCGGUAUUGAUGCUUGGGUGUGGUCUUGGGAUCUAAGGGCGCCGAGGAAACCCGUGCUAGGACUCUGCGCAUUCAAUUCGGGAGGUACACAGGUGAAAUGGAACCGACAUAAUCCUAAUGUUUUGGCAUCCUCACAUAUGAAAGAAGUUCUAAUAUGGGAUCGCCGGAAAGGCUCGCUCCCUACUGCGCGAAUACAGGCGCAUACCGCGAAGAUAUACGGUAUAGACUGGGCGCAUGCCCGAAUGCACGACCUGGUCACUUGUUCUCUCGACAAAACGAUCAAAGUGUGGGACGCGUAUGAUGCUCCUUCCUUUUCCCUUAAUCAGUCCUCGCCAGCCGAAAUUGAACCACGCUCAACAAUUUCAACACGGUAUCCCGUCUGGCGCGCCCGAAACCUUCCUUUCGGACACGGCGUGUUGAGCUUGCCGCAGCGCGGAGAAACGACCCUUGAGAUGUACACUUUGGAGGGGAGUGAGGUUGGAGCACCAGUAGAGGUGUUUGAGGGACAUGCAGAUGUAGUGAAGGAAUUUGUGUGGAGGAAGGGGGGAUUAGAGGGAGGAGAGCACCAGCUUAUUACAUGGUCCAAGGACAGAACUCUCAGAUUCUGGCCAGUUGAUGCUGAAACUAUGGAGAAAGUCGGUCAUACGGCUACCACUCAAGCGCCUUCGCACCCUCAUUUGCAACGUUCGCGUUUCUUCACAGACAAGUCUUUCCGGCACCCACCAACAGUGCCCGAUGUGUACCCGUCACUUCUAUCCCCACCUAUUGGGCCUCGUGGAAUUCUGGCUGAAGUGAGAGCAAGUACGCUGCCUCCUCGAGUACCAACGACCACAAUUACUGGUGCUAGCAUUCUUGCGAGCAGAGACAAAGAUCAUAACCCCGUCCUCCAACCACACCACGGAUCUGCAGCACGAGGCCGUGGUGCACUGCUUCUGGACGCCCCCGGGUCAGCCGCGUUUAGUAUCCCCGGCGCUACGCUGAAGCCGCACAUUCAACAUAUCCCUGGAACGCCCGCAACGAUGACGAUGACACGUGGCCAUGCGUUUGGUGGUAGAUCUGCGAGAAUGGAUGCGUUUCAGUGGCUUGUGAGCAUCAAGGUUGGUGAGCGGCGCGAGGAAAGUAGUUCAACUAGAGUAAGUUCGGAAGAAAGAAGAGAGGAACGCGGUGAGAGCUUUCCACCAGGCCAGAAGAGGAAGCGAAGUGGGAGUCGUAUUAUAGAUGGAGAUGGUACGCAGAGCUUGCAGGAUGAAAUUACUUCUGCCUUGACGAAGCUAAGGAAGCUGCAGACGUCCAACAUCAAACUUGAAAAGCACGAUCUUACCAAGCGACGUACAUGUACCCUUGGUCUACAUGGACCAUGGGGCGAGUCGUCUUCUGUCAGCGUGUUCAUACGCGUUUCCUUCCGAUUUCCCAAGUCAUACCCUCAAUCUGGCGUACCUGAAAUUGAUCUUGAGCGAAACCCCCUGGUUUCGAUGCAAAGUCGCGCAUUUAUGUUGAGACGGUUGAGAGGUAUUCGAGAAAGAAGAAGACCAUGCCUUGAGGCCUGCCUGAGGUUCUUACUUUUCGGGGAUGAAGAUGAGCGGGUCGGCAUCCCGAGAGGAAUCGACUCGGAGUCAUCCGACGAAGAGGAUGAUGACCUGCGGAAAGGAGAAGGUGGGAGAAAGUCAAGAGAUUUUACGGUGUCCUUACUUAGGAACAACAAGAAUCUCGCGGAACCAAGGACAUCACAAGGUGUCUUCGGUCCGAAUGGAGAGUUGGUAUGUUUCUUCCGUGCGCCACCCCGGAUAGUGCGCAAUCCCAUGAACGAGAUGUCGGCUUCUCCAGUCACAACUCCAGCAUCACGCUCAUCUCCUUCUGCUCAGAGGUUGUUCCAAUCUCCCGCAUUGCUCUCCGAUGCAGUCCGACGGCUUGGUAUGGCUGCGAUCGAUCGUGACAAGAUGUUGGACUCCCUUCCACAGUCAUCUGGGGAUAACGACACGACCAUGCGUAUAAUGACCAACCUCCUCACCUUUUCACACCACCAGCACAAGCGACGUGAGUCGAUGGUCACUGCAUCCAGCUCCCUUCCAACCGCCAACCCGAAUUAUGCCAAGGUGCCGGUACUUACGCGUAGAAGCACGGUGUUCAUCGAAGGUCCAACGGAUGCUGCAUUUGCUCAACGGAAAAUCGCAGAAGCGUACGUGUUUGGGCGCGACGGCGAGAGCGUAGGUGCUAUUUGCGAUGUCAACGCCAACAUAGCACGUGAACAUGGGCAGUGGAGCCAUGAAAGGGUAUGGAGGACAUUAAGAGGCUUGUUCCCCGCUUCAGCGACCAAGGGCGAAGGCCCAAGCAAGGUUGCGCGGAAAAUUAUUGAUUCACUGUACAAGGAGUACUGUGCAAGCCACGACGUGCAAAUGCUUGCGAUGCUUGGUAUAAUUUUACUGAGAGCCUUCGCUUCGCUUCCUGAUACUGCGCCAAACACACCCUCUAAUCAACCAUCUUCAAGUUCACCGACCCCUGAAGGAGAUUACUUCUCGCUAACGCGGCGGAAAGACCCUCGUGCGGCAGCCCUUUCUCCCGGUUGGCCGCGGCUCUCAUCGACAUCUCCGACAGCUCCGCCCCUUAUGAUUUCGUCACUCUCGAUGUCUAACUCUUCCCGUGGAUCGUGGUCAAGCCUGUUCAAUACUGGCAGCAUGCGGCAGUUCAUGUCCGGCGUGCAGGAAAGCAUCUCGACGCCUCUUUCGAUAGAUACCCUUCAACUCCCGACGAGGACCCCAAUGCCUAUGCCCGCACCAUUGCCUGGCAGCGAAAGUGCAGGUUCUGUGGUGCUGAGGCUUUCAAAUCUUGAUGCUCGGAGACGAGGCAAAGGGUCGUCAAUGUCACCGAUUUCAAAAUCAUGGUCAGACACAUCUGUCUUGGCAACACUCGCGCCUGCCGCACCCCUUUCCCCGGCGGGACAUGUGCGUCGACCGACUUUUUCGCGGGUUAUCAGCCCAAAGCAAGUGAUCCAAGAAAAGAGGUUGGUGGUCGAAGAAGAAGAUAUUGAAGAAAAGCCUGCCGCAUAUGAUCAGCAGAUCCUUGCUCAGUAUAAGUGCCAUGUGCUUGCAUAUGCGGAGAUGCUCUUUAGAUGGCAGCUCCUGAACAAGCGACUUGAAUUGCUGAAGAGUGCCAAGAUCACCACCUUCCACGCCAAUAACCGGGAGGCUAUCUUUGAUGUGCGGCAUGCAUGUGGGACAUGCAACCGCACCCUUGACCCCCAUAUGGAAAUGUGUCCAAGUUGUGGUCUACGCACUCUUAAACCUCGGUGCUCUUUGUGCCGUUUGCCUGUGAAAGGUCUCUCCCGCAGCUGUGGAAUUUGCCUCCAUGUCACUCACUUGAGAUGUUGGCGAGAUGCUAUGUCAAACGUGUGCGGCUCUGGAUGUGGAUGUCGGUGUAGAAGAGAGCUGCAUCCCCAUUCAAGAGUAGCUAUGGUACAAUCACCGACACCGUUAUCGAGAUAGAAUCAGAUAUCCCUUGACCCAGAGCAUACAUGGCGCUCGAGUACUUGCUGGACGGCCAUUCUUUACAAUUUAUGCAAGGCUUUCUAGCCAUGGGAUGAUAUUGACUGGAGCACUUCCUGCCGUGAUAUCAUGAUGACUCUGAUGAGUACUAGCGGGCC